AAGAAGCUUAGAGAGACUAUUAACACUGAAGAAUCGUCGCCUCACCCUAAUGAGCUUGAUGAUUUAUUAGAUCCUACUGUGCAAACACAACCUACUUCAGGGGUUAUAAAUAGGAUAACACUUAAACGUACAGUAGGUGAAAUAGAAGCUGAUGAGAUGGAAGAAACGCAAGAUGCAGAUGCAUCUGUUGAUACGAACGCUACUCCAAGGGUUUCUCGGCGUAAAUCUAGAAAAUUAUCACAUUCUAUUAAAGAACAAUCUUAUCCGGGCCAAAAAAGGGGCCGUAAGCCUGAUAUGAUUGUAGAUUCAGAAGAAGCCGCUGCUACAGUUGUUGAGGCACUUACAGAAUUAUCAGUGAUUUCUAAUCAGAAAAAACGGGGCAGAAGGCGCAAAUUCGAUGGCGUCGAAGGCGAUAAUGAAUCGUCAUCUUCGGUUAAAAAAAAGGGUAAAAGUCGUAAAAUAGAUAACGUUGAAGUUUUUAUAGAACCAUCAACUUUAGUUAAAAAAAAAGGAAAAGGGCGUAAAAUGGACGAAAUCAUUGAUGAUGAUGCACAAGAUGUAUUAAAGCUAAAACUAAAGAAGCCUAGUAAAGAAGAGUCAUCACUGAAGAAUAUUCUUACAGAAUGUCUUGACUAUAUUGAAACUUUGACUGAUGAAACAAAUGGAAUGACACGCAGAAGAGCCACUCUUUUUCUCGAACUUCCAAGUAGGAAGAAAUACCCAUAUUAUUAUGAACAAAUUGAGCAUCCUAUUGCAGUCAAUAUAAUUCGCCAAAAAAUAAGCCGCGAUGAAUACAAAACGACAGAGGAGUUUAAGAAUGACGUAUACUUAAUGUUUGAUAAUGCUAGGACUUUUAAUAUUGAAGGGUCCCAAGUUUACGCCGAUGCAGAAAUUAUGCAGAAACCAACUGGACGGAUAACAUGGACGGAACAACCCUGCCUGUGUGGAUGUGAACAUUUUCAUAAGAAACCACGACCGUCAAGGACUCCGGAGGAAGUAGUUAUCAAGAAG